CCUCAGAGAUGUCGUCUGGAAAGUGGUUGCCUCUCUGGCUAGCAUGGAUGGGGGCUUUAGUAGCCCUGAGCCAACAAGCUCCAAGGUUGCUGAUGGUCGCCCCCAGUGUAGUGCCCAUCGGGGCAGAGGUGGGAGUCGUGCUUCAGGUUGAGGGAGCCACCUCUGGGCUCUCAGGCAUGGUCUAUUUCCAGAAUGAGAAUGACGAGAAGGUGAAAUGCUCUAGGGAGGUGCCGUUCAACCUAAAGCCCAGCAGCUUCCUGGAAAGAGUUACCCUGAAGGUGACUCAUGAAAGUUUUGUCCAAUGUGGCUUGUCUACCCUGCGAAGGGACCAUUAUAUCCAACUCGUUGCCCGCAGCUCGCAGCUCCCCAGUCCCAAUGGUAUCCAAACACUCAACUUGCGCUGGAGUGCUCGCCGUGGGUACCUGUUCAUACAGACAGACAAGCCAAUCUAUACCCCUCAGCAAAAGGUGUAUUUCCGAGUCUUUGCUCUGGACCACAAACUGAGGCCAAGCACCGAACCUGUCAUCAUCACUGUGCAGAACCCGCGAGGUCUUCAGGUCCGGAAAGAUCAGCGUGUGGCAAUGAAUUUUGUGAUAACAGAUCAACUGACUAUUCCUCAUAUCUCGGAGCCUGGCAUUUGGCGAAUCAUGGCCCAGUUCCUCAACACACACAGUUCCAACACGACCGCAGAAUUUGAGGUGAAAAAAUAUGUGCUUCCGAAUUUUGAGGUGACAAUUAUCCCAGAACGGAAAUACAUUCUCCUCUCAGGACAGCGGGAUUCUGAUUUGCAAAUUGACCUUCAGGCUAAAUUGUUCUACGGGAAGGGUAUCAAUGGCGUGGCUUAUGUGAGAUUUGGUGUGAGAGAUGACAAUGGGGAAAAAACUCUCAUCCCGGGACUGGAGCAACAAGUUUUGGUGGUUGAUGGCCAUGCCUUAGUGACCCUAAAGCGCAGCCAACUUGAGAUGAAACUGGGGCGCCCUCUACAGGACCUAAUAGGAACAACACUCUACAUUGCGGCCACUGUUAUAGAGACAGCAAGUGGAGAAUUGGAAGAGCAAGAGCUUACAACUGUGAAAUUUAUGUUAUCCCCGUAUUCGGUGGACCUGUCCCAAACUGAGCGGUAUUUUGUGCCUGGUGUAUCGUUUCAAGUGCUGGCUUCAGUUUCGCUACCAGAUGGUUCACCUGUUCCCCACCUUCCAGUCCAUUUCUCUGCCCAAAUAGAUGGCUCAUCCCCAGAAAAUGCUCAAGUGAAGAGCGAUGAGCGUGGAGUUGUGUCGCAUACAGUCAACAUUCCUGCUACAGCUACAGCAGUCACUUUCACGAUAACAGCUGGGACAGAGUCUCCUGCCAAAGUUACUCUGACCAUCAAAGCCAUGAACUCCCCAGAAGGCACUUACUUGGUCAUUCUUAGGCAGAAUUCCCAAGACUUGAACCCAGGAGACACCCUCACGCUGUCGCUGAAGAGCAUUGGACCAGAUGACUUCUCCAACUUCUAUUAUAUGAUUUUGAACAAAGGGGACAUUGUCUCUGCCAGCAGCGUACCCUAUGGCUCCAUUGUUGUGGUCCCCAUUCGCAUCACACCCAACCUCAUGCCAGGGUUUCGGUUUGUGGCCUUUUACCGCCUGAAGGACAAACUUGUGGCAAACUCCAUCUGGGUAGAUGUUGUUGACACUUGUGAGGGGAAGCUGCGUCUUGAGACAUCAGAAAAACUCCAUCAGCUGCGACCUCAGGAGUUCGUGAAACUCAUUAUCACCACCGAUGAGAAGUCUUCUGUCUCGCUCGCUGCCAUGGACUCGGCUAUUUACGCCCUCAAUGGGAAGAAUCGUUUCAUUCAGGGCAAGGUUUUCCAGGCCAUGGGAAGUUAUGAUCUGGGCUGCACAUCUGGCAGUGGAGAAAACACCCUUGGCGUUUUUGCUGAUGCUGGACUCUCCCUCCGUGCAGGCGAGCUGAACAGCCCACUCCGGAGAGCCCAUGGAUGUAACGUGGAUGUUUCCCGGAAGAAGCGUUCGUUGGAGUUACAAACUCAGCUCCAAGAGAGGAUUAAGAAGUAUCUAGACCCCGAUACUCAGAAAUGCUGUCAGGAUGGUAUGGUGAAGAUUCUCAUGCCCCUAACGUGUGGCCAGCGAGCUAAGCGGGUCCGGGGUGCAUGUCGCAUCGCUUUCCGGGACUGCUGCCAAUAUGCUACUAAACUGCGACGCAGAUGGUGGGAAUCCAGUAGCCUGGCACGAACUCUAGAUCAAAAAGAGGAAGAUUUCUUUGAUGAGGAUUAUGUUAAAGUCCGAAGCUUCUUCCCCGAGAGCUGGCUUUGGAAAACACGGACUGUCGAAGGGACCCUGACGGAAAACGUGCUGCUUCCUGACUCCAUCACCACCUGGGAGAUACAGGCAGUGAGCAUGUCACCUGGGAAAGGGAUCUGCGUCUCGGAACCUCUCCGCCUUAGAGUCUUCCAAGAUUUCCACAUCUCUCUAAGGAUGCCGUACUCGGUGAAACGGUUUGAACAGAUAGAGCUCAGUCCAGUUCUGUACAACUAUUGGCCUGACUCAGUCACAGCCUCAGUUUAUCUAGAGCCUGUUGAGGGUAUCUGCUCUUCAGCGAUCGUGGGCCGAGCCCAGAAAAAGGAAGUGGAGGUUCCUGGGAACUCAGCAGUACCUGUUCCAUUUGUUUUGGUCCCUAUGGGAACAAGCAACAUCCCCAUCACUGUCGUUGCCCACGGUGGCUGGGGGACUGGGGACAAAGUUACCAAGAUCCUACGGGUUGAGAGAGAAGGUGCCGUUCAGUUGGAGGAGUUUACCAUCCCUUUGGAUAACUCAGAUGGACUUACUAGAACUGAGGAGAUUUCAGGAGAGGUGCCCUCCAAUGUCAUUCCUGAUGGGGACUUCAAGAUGAAUGUUCGUUUGACAGGUUCAGUGCCAGUUGACACCCUAGAGAAUUCUCUGUCCCCAGAGGGUGUGUCGAAAUUGCUACAUGUUCCAUCUGGGUGUGCGGAACAAACAUUGGUAAAAUUGGCUCCGGCAAUCUAUGCCAUGCACUACCUGGACAAGACAGAGCAGUGGAGCAAGCUGAAAGCAGAUAGCAAGCAACAAGCUCUGGAAAAUCUACGCAUAGGCUACGAGCGAAUGCUCACUUUCCGGAAAACGGACGGGUCCUAUGGGGUUUUUUCCAGCCUUCCCGGGAGUACUUGGGUGACAGCUUUUGUAGUCAAGAUUUUUUCUCUGGCCCAUGAAUACCAGGCCGUGGAUGAAGACGGGAUCCGAGAGUCAGUGCAAUGGCUGCUGAGAAAGCAAAAGGCUGAUGGCUCCUUCCAGGAACAAGCACCCGUCACCGUCCGACUGCAUGGUGGUGUUCGUGGUAUUCAUGAGCGUGUCUCCCUUGCGGCGUUUGUCACCAUUGCGUUGAAGCGAGCCUUGGUCAUAUAUAUGGUAAAGGAGGAGGAUCCUAAGAAGCAAGAGAAGCAAGAACAACUGAAACAAGUGAAACAAAGCUUAGCACAGGCCACUUCCUUCCUGGCCCGCUCACUUGACUAUCCAUCCCUGGAUCCCUACCCAGUUGCCAUCUCCAGUUAUGCCCUCUCACUUGCUUCGGAUAACCAGUCGGCAAUCGCUGCUGCCGAUGCCUUCCUGAGGAGACUCGCCACAGAGGAUCAAAACAACACAGUGAUGUACUGGGCAGCAACCGAAGCGGACCGCAUGCAGGGAGAGAGGCGCUGGUCCAGCGUGCCGUCUGUCUCAGCUAUCACAGUGGAGGCCACGGGCUACGGGCUCCUUUACUUAGUACAGCAAAAUGACACUGAAGCAGCUAGCAAGGUGGCCAAGUGGCUGACAGAGCAGAGGAACUAUGGAGGAGGCUUCAAAUCUACCCAGGACACGGUAGUGGCUUUGGAAGCUCUAUCUCAGUAUUGGAUCAGUAGCUAUAAGAAGGAAGACAAUGAACUGAAGGUGACCUUCACGGUUCCUGGAAAAGGUUUACCAUUCCAGGUGUCAUUGGGGAGGUCUGCUGACACAGUCCAGGAAGAGCUGCAGUUUUCCUCAGGUAGUAACAUCCACGUAAAAGUGGAAGGGAAAGGGAAAGGAACUUUGACCGUCCUGAAGGAAUUCCACGUCUUGGCUGUGCAGAACACUACCUGCCAAACCCUUGGGCUACAAGUGAAGCUCACUGGUGCAGUUCAAUAUUAGCCGGAAGCAUACCACUACUACUAUGAAUAUGAGGAUUAUGGCCCCGUUGACUCUGACCCAGCUUCACAGCCUGCUGACCAGCCACUCUCACCCAUUGAGUUGUUUGAUGCCCGGCAACGACGUAGAAGGGAAGCCAAAGAUCCGGGACAGUCGCAACAGAAAGUCAUUUACAACGUCUGUUUGUGGAGGCAACCAGGGGCGCAUGUCGCAGGCAUGGUCAUUGCUGACAUCACCAUGCUUAGUGGCUUCGAGCCGAACAAGGAUGACCUUGACAAGCUGCGAGAUCUCACCGAUCAGUACAUCAGCCAUUGGGAGAUUCAAGGACGGCGGCUACUGCUAUAUUUCAUCUCGGUGCCCACAUCAGGACAGGAAUGUGUCUCCUUUGAAGCAAAACAGCUGGUCCCUGUGGGAAGACUGCAGCCAGCAAGUGCCAUGGUGUAUGACUUCUAUGAACCAGCAAAGAGCUGCAGCACCUUCUACGGAGCUCCCAACAAGCCCCAGUUUGUGUCAUCGUUGUGCUCCGAAGAUGUCUGCCAAUGUGCCGAAGGUGUCUGCCCACGUGUGAAGCGAACCCUUGAUGCGGUCAUUACAAAAGCUUCUCGCGUGGAGUUUGCAUGUUACAGCCCACGUGUGCACUAUGGGCUACGGGUUCGAGUGGUGAAUGAGAACCACGUAAAUGCCUUCCGUGUCUAUGAUGCAAAAAUCUUGGAGCCAUUACAAUACACCUCAGAUAUGGGGGUCUCCAUUAACCAAACCCGGCGUUUUGUGGUCCGUGCAGCAUGUCGAACACGCUUGGUCGAAAACAAGGAUUAUCUUCUGAUGGGACGUGAUGGGCAAACUCGGGACCCUCAAGGCCACACUCAGUACCUGCUGGACUUGAACUCAUGGGUGGAAGAGCUGCCUGGCCCUAGGUACUGCAGGUCCACCAGGAAUCGCAACAAAUGUUUCGAGCUCCAAGCUUUCAUCACUGCCUUUGCUGAGAACGGCUGUCGCAUAUGAGGCAGGGUAGUGGGGUGGAAUUCCCCUAUGCUGUAACCCACCGGAAUCCACCCCAAUUCCUGCCUCUGAACAGAACCAGAGAUGUUGACUUGCUUUAUUUCCAGGUCUUUAUAUAUAUAUAUAUAUUUUCAACGCUUUGUGCCUGGAGGAUUAGGCCAAAGAUUUCCUGCACUGAUUUCCUGCUUGUAAGAACAGCUUGUUGGAUUAGGCCCAAAGAGUCGCUGCUUUGACAGAUGACAUCAGCUGCAUUCACUAUCUCAAAUAAUAGAUUGGUUAUAGGAAAAGUGAUUAUGAUUUUUUUGUGCACCAGUGAACAGAUUGGGCCUAAUCCUGUUUUUUUAAAAGCUUUAGUUCAUAUUAUGUAAGCAUGCUGCUACUGGAUAGUUCCGCAUUUAAUGUCGUGUCCGUUUGCUUAUUGUGUCUCAGCUUUGUUUUCAUCUCUGCACUGGAUUUCUGCUUUUUUUCAAACUUCUGCGGUCCUUACCCUAUUGUAUUGUUUAUUUAAUGUCCCAGCCCUUGAUCGUACUGAUUUACACUGCGUAAAGAAAGAAGGUUGGAGUAUAAAUUACAUAAAUAAAAACAAUAGUGUGGUUUGCUUUGAACUAGUGAUUACAUUUUACAUAAUGGCCUUUUCCACAUGUUGGUAAAGCAACGGGCAACUUACU